AAGCCCAUCUUUUACAACCCACAGAAAACUGUGAAACUUACAGAAGGAAGUCUCUCCGCCUCUCUGGAGUUCACCGUGUUUGUCGCCGGCAGGAUUGUGCUGCUACCGUGUAGAAGGAGGUAGGGUUCUCAGAAUCGGGUUAAACCCUGCUCCCGCGAAUCAAACCUUAAACCACAAAAUCGGUUGGUAACUAUGAUAAUCUUCUUCGGUAAUUGCCCUAAAUUCCUCCGCUCCAAAUUCGCAGCUUGUUUUCUCUGCAAUUUCACUCCCACAAGAUCGAUGAGCCAAUCCACCUCCAUUCCCAAAAAGCUCCAAAGGGUCCGUGACCAUGGCUACGAUAACUACAUGGAAGUGGAGAAGAAAACCCGAAAAAUCCUCAAGUUUCAGGACCUUAUUCUCACCCAAAUUAACCAAACCAUCCCAGUUUCUCGCCUCGAUGUCUUAGCUCGUCGCCUCGGCUUCAAGCAGCACCAAGCCGGGGCUUUCGUCCUUAAAUUCCCUCACGUUUUUGAAAUCUACGAGCACCCUGUUCAGCGAAUCCUCUAUUGCCGGUUAACCCGAAAAGCCCACCUCCAAAUUGAGCAGCAAAAGCAGGCUGUGAUUGCCCAGAUUCCCGAUGCUGUGACUCGCCUGAGGAAGCUCUUGAUGAUGUCCAACAAAGGCCGUCUUCGCCUCGAGCAUGUUCGGAUUGCCCGCUCCGAGUUCGGGCUGCCAGACGACUUCGAAUACUCGGUAGUUCUCAGGUACCCUCAAUUCUUUAGACUGUUUGAUGCAAAAGAAACUAGGAAUAAGUACAUUGAAAUUGUGGAAAGAGAUCAAAACCUUACUGUUUGUGCAAUAGAGAAAGCUAGGGAGAGAGUUUACAGAGAAAAAGGAAGUGAUGCUGAAGAUAUUAGGUUCUCUUUCAUUGUGAAUUUUCCUCCUGGGUUCAAGAUUGGGAAGUAUUACAGAAUUGCAGUGUGGAAAUGGCAGCGGCUUCCUUAUUGGUCGCCAUACGAGGACGUUUCCGAGUACGAUAUGAGGUCGAUAGAAGCCCAGAAGAGGAUGGAGAAGAGGGCAGUGGCCACAAUUCAUGAGCUCUUGUGUCUGACUGUGGAGAAGAAGAUCACUUUGGAACGGAUUGCACAUUUUCGACUAGCGAUGAAUCUGCCGAAGAAGUUGAAGGAUUUUCUUCUUCAGCACCAGGGGAUUUUCUACAUUUCAACCAGAGGGAACCAUGGGAAGCUUCACACUGUUUUCCUCAGGGAGGCUUAUAGGAGGAGUGAGUUAAUAGAGCCAAAUGAUGUGUAUUUAGCAAGAAGGAAAUUGGCUGAGUUGGUUCUACUCAGCCCAAGAAAGGCAAAACUAGACAGAGAAUUGGUUGGGUAUAGGAGAGAGAGAGUGGGUUAUGAAAUGGAAAGCUUUAGGAAAGAUUAUGAGGAUGAUAGAUUUGAAGAUCUUGGUGUUGGGGGCAAACACAAUGUGAGAGAUGUUUCGGACUCUGAUGUUGAAUCUGAUGAAUAACAUUGAAAAACUUGACUGGCUGAUGAUUUUCUUGUAGCUGCAAAUUUAUCUACAUUAGAUUUGAAGAUUUUGGUGUUGGGGGCAAACACAAUGUGAGAGAUCAUGUUUUGGACUCUGAUGUUGAAUCUGAUUUAUCAGAGGACGAUAACGAAGAAGGUCAAAAGACAAAAAACUCGACUGGCUGAUGAUUUUCUUGUAGUUACAAAUUUAUCUACAUUAGACUUGAAAGUGAUGAAGCCUCAAAAACCAUUUGAAUGCUCUGACUGACACAAUAUUCUGUUUUAUCCUUGGCUUGGACAAAAACGCCCAAGCGCUCUUGAAGCAUGAGUUUCGUUUAGCUCGAGCAUUACGGUCUUGAUCUUCAUUUUGGUAUUAUUUGGUUGAAUGGGGUGGAGAAUCUUUCGAUGUAUGGUUUGGCAGUGUGAAUAGGGGAUUGCUUUGGCUAAAGCCAGAAGAAUGGAAUUCAAAUUCUGAAGUAAAGGGAAAUGAAGCCCUCCAAUCCUCAGCUUUGGUGGACAGAAUCUGCAAAAAUACAACAUGGGAAGUCCUUGUUGUUUUGUGUUUAGCUUCAAGCUGCAAACAAUGUUGCAAGAAAAAAGAGAGCUUCUGAAAGAUUUUUAGUCAAAAAAAUAAAAAGUUAAAAAUAAUAAAGGAAAAUUUCUUUGGGGGUGGGGUCAUUGAUCUUUUCAAAAUGUUUAAGCUGUGGAAGAGUUUUAGAAAGGCAGCCUUAUUGAAGAUAUUAAUGUAAUUUUUCUUUUUUGAAAUUCUGUAAUUUAGUUUUGAGUUUCAUUCAAAAAAUAUAGGGAAGGAAAACAAGAUCCAAAUCUCUUACCCUCUCUCUCUAAAAACCCACGCCCAAUCCA